CGCGACGCACCGACGCGCGACCGCGAGCGACGCGAACGAGCGCGCCGGACCGCGGACGACGGACGGAGAACGACACCGCGAAGAGGAAAGAUGCGCGCGACGACGAUGCGACAAUCGAGCGCGGUGACGGGGACGCGCGCGCGAACGACGCGCGGGGCGCGCGCGGCGCGACCGCGAGCGACGACGACGACGCGGGCGGGAUUGAACGUCGAUCUGCGAGGGAAGAAGGCGUUCGUCGCGGGCGUGGCGGACGAUAACGGGUUCGGGUGGGCCAUCUCGAAGGCGCUGAGCGAAGCCGGCGCGGAGGUGAUCCUCGGGACUUGGGUUCCGGCGCUGAACAUCUUCGAGACGUCGUACCGACGGGGGAAGUUUGACGAAUCGCGUAAAUUGAGCGAUGGAUCGAUGAUGACGUUCUCGAAGAUUUACCCGAUGGACGCCGUGUUCGACGCGAUGGACGACGUUCCGGAGGACAUCGCGACGAACAAGCGCUACGCGGGUAACGAAAAGUGGACCGUGAGCGAAGUCGCGAAGUGCGUCGAGGAAGAUUUCGGUAAGAUUGAUGUUCUCGUGCACUCCUUGGCCAACGGCCCGGAAGUCGCCAAGCCUUUGCUCGAAACGAGCCGUAAGGGUUACUUGGCCGCCAUCUCGGCGUCUUCUUACUCCAACGUGUCCAUGAUCCAACACUUCGGACCGUUGAUGAACAAGGGUGGUGCCGCCAUCUCUUUGACCUACCUCGCCUCCGAACAAAUCAUUCCGGGCUACGGUGGUGGUAUGUCCUCCGCGAAGGCGGCGCUCGAGUCCGACACCCGCGUCCUCGCGUACGAAGCCGGUCGCAAGUGGGGCAUCCGCGUCAACACCAUCUCCGCCGGUCCUCUCGGUUCUCGCGCGGCCAAGGCGAUUGGGUUCAUCGACAAGAUGAUCAACUACUCUCUCUCCAACGCGCCGCUCAAGGAGAAGCCGCUCGAAGCCAUCGAAAUCGGUAACACCGCCGCCUUCUUGUGCUCUCCGCUCGCCUCCGGCAUCACCGGUGCGACCAUCUACGUCGACAACGGCCUCAACGCCAUGGGUCUCGCCGAGACCGCUCCGGAGAUUUCCGGUUAAGCGCGCGUCCAGAACGUUUUGUUGAGGAUGGCGAACACGGUCGGCAGUCGCGGACUCUGCGUUUCGAACGCACCGCGGCGACGACGCCUUCGUCUUCGCUCUCCUUUAGAUGACGCAAUUCA